GAUGCUUUUGAUUUUGAUGAUGACACUCCUGUGUUGGCUUUUCAAGUUGUUACUGCUGUAGUUGCUGAAGAAGAAUCGAAUAAUCAAGGGCGGAGAACAAGGUAUCGUGGCUCUAUUUCUGGUCACAAUGUUGUCAAUCGUAAUAGAAAGGAAGGUGAGUUAAGGUUAUAUAAUGAUUAUUUUGCAGAAAAUCCUAAAUUCACUGAAAGUCAAUUUCGAAGAAGAUUUAGGAUGAGUCGUCGUCUUUUUCUUCGGAUCGCAAAUGCAGUGGAAGCUCAUAAUUCAUAUUUCAAACAAAGGACAGAUGCUCUUGGUGUUCUUGGUUUAUCUUGCCUUCAAAAGAUAACUGCAGCUCACAGAAUACUUGCAUAUGGUAUUCCUGCAGAUCUUGCUGAUGAAUAUCUUCGAAUUGGAGAAACCACUGCAAUAGAAAGUCUUAGAGCUUUCGUCAAAGCAAUCGUAGAAGUUUUUGGUGAUUGGUAUCUAAAGGCACCAAACGAAACUGAUAUUUGUCGAUUAUUAUCAAUUGGAGAGCAACGUGGGUUUCCAGGGAUGUUAGGGAGCAUUGACUGUCGUACUGCUCCUGUCAAUUAUACAAUUAAUGGGCAUGAAUAUACAAUGGGAUACUAUUUAGCAGAUGGGAUUUAUCCUAAUUGGUCAACCUUUGUUAAGACAAUCCUAAGACCAUUAGGAGCAAAGAGAAAAUAUUUUGCAAGCAAGCAAGAGUCUGCAAGAAAAGAUGUGGAGCGGGCAUUUGGGGUGCUCCAAUCUCGUUUUGCAAUUGUACGUGGACCUGUUCGAUACUGGGAUGAAGAAACGCUUGCAUAUAUUAUGAAAGCUUGCAUAAUAAUGCAUAAUAUGAUUAUUGAGGAUGAAGGAGCAAUGAACCUUGGAUUUGACCAUGAACAUGAAGUCAAUUCCUUUAUAUCAGUGUCACAUUGUGAAAUACCAGAACUACAUGAUUUUCUUCAAACUCAUAAUCGAAUUAGAGAUAGAGCUACUAGCUCUCAACUACAAGAAGAUUUGAUUGAACAUUUGUGGGAACAGUAUGGCAACGAGUAG